AUGGCGAUGGAGGAGGAGCGCAAGAAGCUGAUUGAACAGGACCCACGCAAGAAUGCACCGAAGAUCUCUUCCCUAGGGAAGGGAAUGAAUGACCGUGCACACGAGCUGGCGAGGGAAUUACUUAAGGAGGAGCGGAGGUUUUUAGAUCAGAAUCCUAGGGGUGUUCCGUUGGAGAUUAUUCCGCUUAACGAUGAUUCUGUUCUUAAUUCUCUUGAACGCGAGCUUCGAGCGCAAAGUAAAGUUGUUCCUGACACGGUCUCUGUUGAGGUUGCCGAACUUCAGCGUGCUAUUGCUGCUCGUGUGGACGAAUUGGCGGCAGAUUUCCGUGAAAAUGAGCGUGCUUUUCUCGACCAGAACCCGGAGGGCAUUCCACUUAAUGAGGUGCCUCUCGAUGAAGAUCCGAUGUUCUGUGAGAUGGAAAGGGUGCUUCGCAAUCUUAAAAAGAAUCCGGAACUGAACGCUGAGGCUAUUAAAGAUCAGCAGUAUGCGAUGAAUAAUCGUGUGCAUGAUAUUGCCCGUGAGAUGUUGUUGAACGACCGUGGCUUCCUUAACCCAGAGCCACAGGGUGUUCCGCUCUCUGAACUGCCUCUUGACGAUCCGCUGUUUAAUGAAAUGGAGCUUGCGCGACGGAAACUGAAGGAGGAUCCGGAAAGGAACGCAGAAAGAAUUGGGGAGUUGGAGAAAAAGCUUAAUGAUCGCGCUGAUGAGUUGGCUAAGCUUCUUCUUGAAAAGGAACGUGCAUUUCUUGAUCCUAAUCCUGAAGGGAUUCCACUGGAACGCUUGCCUCUUAACACCGAUCCUGUGCUUCACGAUAUGGAGGCGGAACAUCGAAAGCUACUUCGGACCACUCCAAGGAAUGAUAAGGCGAUUCACGAUAUUGAGGAAAAGAUUAGGGCUCGUGUUCGCGAUCUCGCUCUGGCCGCUAGCAACUGGGAGGAUGCCCCAUUUCACGAGACUAACAAAAAUGCUGCUGAGAAGUGGCCGCGCAUCUGUGAGCUGUACCCGGAGGGCAUUCGCGAGGCAGUGGUGCCGGAGCGGACGCUGCCGUCUGAAGUUGUGUCGGCUCCACGCGAGUUUGGGUAUCUAACGCCUUUUAUUGCGGCAUUAAGCCGGCACCCCCCGCUGCUUCACCGUCUGUUCGAGUCAAAAGUGCACCCAAUAAACGGGCCUUAUGUCUUCACAUUCUUCGACCCCAACAGUAACCCGGUGCGUGUCGACAUUGAUGACCGUGUUCCUUGCGACGCGAACAUGGAGCCGAAGUUUACGCAGGUGCCGCGUCGCUCGUGGUACCCGCUGCUGCUUGAAAAGGCGUACGCCAAGUUUGUCGGAGGUUACGCCAGGCUGGAUCAAUGCACGCCCCAUGAGACCCUGCGGGAUCUGACGGGCCGGCCGGUGUCUCACCUUCCUUUGGAAGACAAACGUUCUGAAGGAAUAAAGAUGGGAGACUUCAGGGCGGCCAGGUAUUGGAGGGGUAUCGAAGCUGAUCUUGCAAAGGGUGAUAUUAUAACAUGCAUGUCUAACAAAGAUGUGCCGGAUGGCAUCCACCCGCAAUGCAGUUAUGCUCUCAUGGGAGUCAUUCAUACUGUGAAGGAGUCUAAUGAUCCUUCCGAUAUUGUGAUCAAGCUGCACAACUGUUACUAUGAUGAGCCGCUUUACACCGGGCCACUCAACCAACAAGAUCCCAAUUGGACGGCGGAGCUUAGGAGUAUCUGCGACUUCGAUGCGGCGCAAGAAGAGUAUUUGUACCUUCCUCAGCCUGUGUUUUUGCGAAACUUCUCGAGUAUGCAGCGGUGCCAUAUUAACUGUGGUGACCGAUUGACUGCUGUGGGCGAGUGGAGUAAGGGCUUCUGCGGAGGCAACCCGAAGUUUACCACAUUCCGCAACAACCCGAUAUAUUUGGUGGAGAAUAAGUCGGCACGUCCGGCGACGAUCCUGGCAGAGCUGCGUCACCAAGCGCCUGUCUUCUACGAUGCAGAUAACGUGGGGCACUAUCACCAAACGGGAUUAGCUUUGUUAGAACAAGAUACAGAAGCGGCGAUCCCUAGCGGGGCAGUGACGAAUACAACACAUAAGUUUAUUCAGAAAGGCAUUAUGUUAGACACAAGAGAGGUAUGCACACGAAUGGAAGUGCCACCGACGUCUACGUGCCUCCUCAUCCCGUAUACAAUGAAGCGUGGCAGCUAUGGUAAGUUCAGUAUCUCCAUAUACCCCGGUGAUUCGGGUGUAACCUUGAUGCCGUUGCGGCCGCUGAGUGCUACGCAUGUCUCCACCAGCGUUGAGACCACCCUCAAACCGGGGAGCCGCGAGGGUAGGCGCAUUGACUUUAUGGUGAAUGGGCCCUGUGACCUGCAUCUGUUGCUCCGGCAAAAUAAAAUCACGGAUCCGGCAUCCACAAAGAAAGGUGAUGUUCUUGCAGAAGAUGAUGUGAUGAUGAUGCUAUACGACGAGAACAUGCUUCGCCUCGCAACGACAGGUGACGCAACCAGUGCGCGGGAGCACUCCCUGGUGGUUCAGCUUCAUGCACAUGGUCGUUACACCGUUUUGAUGGGAUGCCCGAACAAGCCUGUGACGGGUGACUGCCCGUGUACACUGACCAUCCACACACCCAAGAAGGUCGUGGCGAAAAUUGUGCCGCUCCCGCCAAGUGGCACGCAGACGGUGCUGCCGAUGCUGUCGUUCCCUCGGGUACCGAGGAGUGCACCGCCGGGGGGCAAGGCGGGGAAAAACAACGGCGACUCCAAUGGUACGGGGAACCGGCGGAGUGAGUCACAAGGGCUGAUAUUACCCGCCCCCAGAAAGAAUGUUAAGACACCCCUCUACCUAUAG